CUGGCUAGGAGAUUCAGCGGUGAGGCGUUCGGAAUAAGUUGAACGGGGAUCGAUUGGUCAGGUCUGGGUAAAGGGAAAUGGAAGUCCGCAGACGGGGAUAAGAGAUUGAAAUCCGAAUGUGGAACUUUUUUGUUUUUGUCUGUGAGGAAAUACUUUUAGGGAAAUGUCUCCUCGGACCUUUUGUGUGUGUUACCUUUCAUGUGCAAACCAUUAACUGAACAAAGAACUAGCAGAUUCCCAUCAGACCUGUUUAUUGAUUUGAUCAGAUGAGCAGCCUCAGUCAGUGCAGUGAACAGACCGACAACAGCAACAGCCUCCAUUCCAGAGUUGCCUCUCCUCAGCCCAAGACUGCAGCACUACAGCAUGUAGACAGCGGUGCUUUCUCCUUGAGCUUUUGCAAAUGAAAAUGGAGGACGUGUCUCUGUCCAGUAUGGACAACAGUAAGAUGGAGGGCUUUGCUCAGGAGAUCCUGUCUGACCUGGUGGAGGACGCCUGUUUGGGGCUUUGUUUUGAAGUUCACAGGGCUGUCAAACAGGGAUACUUUUUUCUAGAUGAUACAGACCAGGAGAGUAUGAAGGACUUUGAAAUCGUGGACCAGCCUGGAGUAGACAUUUUUGGGCAAGUGUACAACCAGUGGAAAAGCAAAGAGUGUGUGUGUCCCAACUGCAGCCGGAGCAUUGCUGCCUCACGAUUUGCUCCUCACCUGGAGAAAUGCCUUGGCAUGGGCCGCAACAGCAGUCGCAUUGCCAACCGCAGAAUUGCGAGCGGCAACAACACGAACAAAUCAGAAAGCGAUCAAGAGGACAACGAUGAUGUCAAUGACAAUGACUGGUCUUAUGGGGCAGAAAAGAAAGCCAAGAAGAGAAAGUCAGAUAAGGUAUUUUUACAUUCUUUGAAACAACCUGUAUACUUGAAUCCAAAUUCACCGAGAAGAUCCAAAUCCAUGAAACAUAAAAAUGACUGAACAGAAGAAACGAACCAGAGAAAACUUCCACAUCAAAGAAGGCGGAGCCGCAGAGUGCACCUACUCAUUAUGUAAUCGUCACGGACCAAUGGUAGUUUGAAGGCAUUUACCAGCCUGAGCAAACUUUUCCAGAAAGUUGGCUUUGGCAAGUCAACUGAUUUUGUUCGAAAUGACGUCACAACAGUGCGUUCUUCAAUUUCGCUUGAAGUAUAUGGGGCCUUUAGGGGCUAUUCAUACAGAGUGUGUUUUUGCAUUGAAAAAUGUGACGUGGGGAAUGGGGGAAACGCAAAGACACUUUUCUUUUGCUCAAUUAUCGAAUAUCCAUCUAGUGCAUGUUUACAAAGGAAAACAAUAGAAAUGCAGUGCAGUGGAAUGCAAAAACACAAUCCGUGUGAACGGCCCCUUAAGUUGCAUUCAGCAAGUUCGAGGUCCAUUUUAAAUGCUUUACUUGCCAGUUAAAAAUAUUGUAAGCGAUAAUGUAUGCUAACAGUCAACCGUCUUUGAGACUUUUAAAGUUGACAAUAAUUUAAGACAUUUUAAUUAACUGUCUGGUGAAUGGUUUUCUUGAAGCUUUGCUGGGUCCUAAGAGACGUGUGGAGAACCAGGACAGUUUGUGCGUGUUGUUAAGAGAGGAGACAUUCUCUCAAUAACACUGUGGGUGUCAGGAGUCACUCACUACCCACAGUGCCACACUGUUCACCUUCUCACAGGACUGUGUGACCUAAAUUAUGCUGAUCAGUGGAGGAGAUGUGGACUAAUUCCUCUGUCAUUCAGUUUACAUAAUAUUUUUUCCAUUUUCAUCUUCAGAAUUUUUUGCACAAUCUCUCAUAUCCUGCUCGUGCAGCUUUGAUGGCUGGUCUCUCAAAAACAACACAUCUAGAAUAGAGGAACUUGCACGAUUCUCUCAGGGAGGAAGUUAGAACUCAUAUCGGCAGACAGACGCUGGGCCAGUUGAGCUCUCCCAUCACUAAGGUGCAGGAUUCUUUCUAAAUGAAAACGAAAUGAAAUUCUCAUUCUGGGAGGAUUUUACAGCAGUUAAUAAUAAAAUCGUUAAAGAUUUAAUAGUAAAAAAAUUAAGAUCAUAAAUCAGUGUGAACAGUUUCCCAUCAGGUAAUUACUACACGGUUUCUUAUUACAUUGUUUUGGAGAAUCAUGAUCCAGUAGAGUAUUUUCUUUUCUCUGUAGUUCAAUAGCCAAAGUGUGGUACAGUUGUACUGUAUUAUGUCACUAGUUCUAUAGCACAUUAUCAUACUACAUUUUUUAUUUUCAGUAGUAAGUUAUUGGUUACAAAGAGAGGAAAGACAGUUUGGCAUAGACCUCCAAAAAUAAUUAAGGCUUUAUCAUUGUAAUUUUUUAUUAUUUUGUAUUAGAUGUUUACAGUGUAAGGUGUCCUGUGCGGUCUCACUUUGUGACUAUGUAUAUUUGACUAGGUGAAAGAUGCUGCUAUCCUGGCCGUGAGCCAUAUGCUUAUGGGCAUGUCAUCAAUGUAAUAAAAGAUCAGAACUCAUA